ACUGAUUUUACAAGAGCGUCACACUGUGCAGCUGUAAUAUGUGUUGUUUGUGCUCUUAGUGCUUUAUCUGAAUGAAACUCUUGGUGGAUUUUAUCGCAGCACACAGACUCAAUGCAGGCCAUCAAGUGUGUGGUGGUGGGGGAUGGGGCUGUGGGUAAAACAUGCCUGCUGUUCAGCUACACCACCAAUGCGUUUCCUGGAGAAUACAUCCCCAGAUUAUGCAGUAAUUAUUCUGCAGAUGUGAUGGUGGAUGGUAAACCAGUGAAUCUGGGUCUGUGGGAUUCUGCAGGACAAGAGGAAUUUGACAGACUGCGUCCCCUGGCCUACCCUGAGACGGAUGUGUUUCUUAUCUGCUUCUCCUUUGUGACACCUGCCUCUUUCGAGAAUAUUUGUGCGAAGUGGUAUCCAGAAGUGAGACAGCACUGUCCAAACACUCCCAUAAUCCUGGUGGGAACCAAGCUGGAUCUGAGAGAUGAUAAAGACACUAUAGAGAAACUGAAGGAGAAGAAGCUCACACCCAUCACUUACCCUCAAGGGCUGGCCAUGGCGAAAGAGAUUGGGGCUGUGAAGUAUCUGGAGUGCUCAGCACUCACACAGUGUGGCCUUAAGACGGUGUCUGACGAGGCCAUCUGGGCCGUAUUGUGCCCUCCUCCUGUCAAGAAGAGAAAGAGGAAGUGCUCCCUGCUCUAGAGGAAACAUUGCUGUCAUCCAAACUGUAUUUAAGGGGGAGAAGUUAAAAGUGAGACCAUGUUUUCAUUUUUCAGUUCCUUCCAUGUAACUACCAGUACAACUUUAUGUUCACAAACUUUUGGAUUCUCAACCCAUGUCCCUUAGUAAUGUAAAAGGUAUUCUGAUCAUACAUGUUUGGUAUCAUUCAAGAGGUCUCAGUGCAACUGGUAAAACGGUCUCAUUCCCUUUCAGAAAGGUCAAAUCACAAGUAAGAUUUAAGAUCUUAGUAAAAUACUGUAUUCUAUCAGGUGCAUGCCCCUCCCAGGUCUCUCACAAGAACCAUAUGCUGUAUGCAGAGUAGGUGUAUUCUUUGUAAACAUAAAACGACCUACUCAAUUACAAGUUUCAAAGUUCUACUUACAACCCCCUAAAUUGUAAACCAAAUCCUGAUAUAACAAUAGAAUCGUUUGGUACUUAAGGAGAGAUGACAAAGGAGUUUGGGGAAUCUGUAGUCAGAUCUCCCGCACAAUUGCUGUGUGUAGUUUUCUCUACCAGGUAUGCAAUUCUUAUUUCUUAUGUUUAGAUAAAUGUUUGAAUUUGACUUAUUAUUGUCUAAUUGGAUUUGAUGAAUGUAUUAUUUUA